GGUUAACAAUAUCUCACUGGGCCACAUGCUUCAUGCGACCACUGCAACUCGAAUAUCAGAUAUUACACUUCCAUUUCAAGCUUAAUAUACCUAGAGCUUUGUUAUCUGCUUCCUGUAUCUCCAAGUUAAGUCGCACAAGACAUUCUCGCGAUCGACGACUUUCCACCAUGGCAGAACCUCCAGUAAAAAAGCAAAAGAUCAGCAAACCUGUCGUGUUUACCACACCCGGCCACCUACCAGACACGCGUCUCGUUGUCUUCGAUCAGGAGUUUCACGUCCAUUCAAUCCUACUUAAACUUCAUUCCGCGUACUUCAGAAUGUUCCUCGACUCCCCAGACAAGGCUCCAAAAGCCACGACUGUUCCUACAAGCGCCACAGCUAGAGAUCCUUCAACCACUGCUGCCACCUCAUUCAUCUCGCUCAAUGGACUGUCUGGAUCCUUCAAAUAUCAUUGGGUCACCAAGAUCGAUGGUGAUGAUUCCUCUGGCUGGUACCUCACCGCUGCUAAACCAAACACAGAUUCUACAUCCACAGCUGCCUUCUCAGGUAAUCUCUUUCGGGAGAUCAAGAUGUUCAAGGCAAUGCUCUGUGCAUUUUACGUCAAUCCAUAUUGUAUCAGCAGCUGUUCCGAGCUGUCUAUCUUGACAAGACUCGCCGACUUUUACUGUGCUUUACCUAUCGUGUCCCGGACUCUUAACAUGGCAUUCCUCUCAAGUCCAGAUCUUAUAAAUGACCUUCCCAACCAUCGAUGCGAAGCUAUUGAGCUAGCUACAAAGCUGAGAAACAAAAUCUUGUUCAGAGAAGCCCUCGUGUGGAUCGUGGGCCCUUGGAGUAUGCCGAUGUACCACACUCUGGAAGAUACGAAAUUGCGGAAGAUUGCCCACAAAGUAUACGCAGACAUUGCUCUCAAAAUAGUCGAUAUCAAUCACAAGCUUCUGGCAGUGAUAUCGCACGAGGUCAAUGUAGUCAAAAUGGAAAUCGAAGAUUCUCCAGUCAAGCGAGCUAUGGAUCAAGCAAUGGAUCAAGCAAUUACACGGACCAAUCGUCGUGGUGAUUUUUACAUGCCUAGAUACUUCAGAGAGUUAGACAAAGCACUGAGAGCUUACAGUAUAUACCCACUUGAAGAAUUGCUUGAAGAUGCCAUGAAUGGCCUUCUCCGCAACAACCUUCUCUUGAAUAAAGGCACUCUGAAAUCGGGAAAAGCCACGCCUGUGAUCCCAGAGGAAGAGAACAAUAUUGACGACGAAGAAAUCCCGGAGGAAGUGAGGCCAGAGACUCGAAGUAUGGAAGAUCAUUUUCUUUGCGCAGAGAUUGAGGACGAGGAUCUUCCAUGGGAUGUCAAUGAGACAGAUUUCUAGACAUGAUCAGUUCAACUUGGGAAAUCUUCGUGCCACUGCUAAGAGCCUUGAAUGAUAGCACAAAAGUAGAGACUUGAUCGAUA